ACUUCACGCCAAGCUAUGGCUGAGGGAGUCCAGGGCGGAAGCGACUCGAUGAAUCCAGCAAUUCUCUCAAGCUACCCGCUGUCUGCAGAUCACCACAUGGCUGACUCAGGAGAGCGAAGCGGAGAUGCGAGCUCUGACGGGACCAGCUGCUCCUCGGGGAUCAGCAGCCAGGAGAAGGAUCUGGCCAAGAAGGCGCUCGACGCCUUCGAGGUUGGGCAGUACGACAGCUGCCUGGCCCAGCUCUCCUCGCUCGGCGAGCUGCGGCGAGACGAUCACAAAGUGCAGCUGAACCGCUCCGUGGCCGAGUUCUACCGCAGUGGCCAGACAGCCACCGACGACCUCCGCCACAGCCUUGCGCAGGUUCGCAUGCAGGUUCACUCGACAGCGGAAGAGAUGGAUGGGCUGGAGGACGUAGAGAAUGGCACGCUGCUCUAUAACCAGGCCGUGCUGCUCUGCCAUUUCAAGCAGUACCACCAGGCCAUUGGCGUCGUGGAGCGCCUCUACCAGUUCAUUGAGCCAUUCGAGGAGCGAUUUGCGCGUGCGGUGAGCUUUCUGCUCAUGGACCUUUACCUCGUGACGCACCAGGCAGAGAAGGCGCUGCCUCUGCUCGCCGUACUUGAGAAGCUCAGCUCGCAGGGCAGUGGCGCCAAUGCCAACGGCAAGGCCGUGGAGGUCGCCAAGGAUGCUGGGAGCCAUAAACCCGACACCUCGUCCAAUGAACAAACUCGGUCAAAAAUACAUCAGUACAAAGUGAGGGCCUAUCUCCAAAUGAGGUCCCUGAAAGCCUGCAAGAGGGAGAUAAAGUCUGUGAUGAACACGUCUGGCAACUCGAUCCCUUCGCUCUUCCUGAAGAGCAACUUUGAGUACCUGAGGGGGAACUACCGCAAAGCUGUGAAACUUCUGAAUAGCGCCAACAUCACAGAGCACCCGGGUUUCAUCAAGACGGGAGAGUGCGUUCGCUGCAUGUUCUGGAAUAACCUGGGCUGCAUCCACCACGCCAUGGGCAAGCACCACAUGGCCAUGUUCUACUUCAAGCGAGCGCUGCAGGAAAAUGACAACACCUGUGCCCAGCUACUCAAGCAAGUGGGCCCCUCAGGCAAGCGGCUCUCCGGGCCGCCCCUCUGCACCCUGAUGGCCGACCGACGCUACGAGCUGCUCUACAACUGCGGCAUCCUCCUGCUGCAGACAGGGCGGCCACUGGCGGCCUUCGACUGCCUGGUGGAGGCGGUGACGGCACACCACAGUAACCCGCGCCUCUGGUUGCGUCUGGCCGAGUGCUGCAUCGCCGUGGGCAAGCGGAAUUCAGAGCAGGAAGCCAAGAGUCUGCAGAACAAGAAGGGCAUCGUGCAUUCCAUGAUGGGGCAGGGCUGCCACCGAAAGAUUAUCCUCGUGUCUCAUUCCACACAGAACUCUGUGUGCAGCCCCGAUGGGCAGUCGGCGGCGAUCCCCGUGGCCAGCGUGGAGUUUGCAGGAAUCUGUCUCCGGAAUGCGCUGCUGCUGCUGCUGCCCGACGAGCACCGCGAGGGGAGGGGAACGCUGGCGGGGGAUCUCGGGGGGUUGGGAGCCCCCGAAGGAGGAGGCAGCGACAGCAGUGAAGGGGCAAGUAAGAGCCACGAGGUGGAGCUCUCGCGCUCUGCACCCCCGUCGUCUCCGCUCAAGAGGCAAGAAGUCGAGAAUUUAAGAUGCUCGGUGCUGGCUUGCAGCGCGUACGUGGCCCUGGCGCUGGGAGACAAUCUCAUCGCCCUCAAGCAUGCGCAGAAGUUGCUGCAGCAGCCCAAGCUCUCGGGCUCACUCAAGUUCCUCGGCCACCUGUAUGCAGCCGAAGCCCUCAUUUCGCUGGACAGAAUUUCAGACGCCAUCGCGCACCUCAACCCUGAGAACGUGACGGACGUGUCUCUGGGCAUCCCCACCACAGAACUCGAGCAAGGUGGCGACAAGGGAGAGAAUGAACCUAUGGAAAACAAUGGAAAGCUGGCCCCCUUGUGCUACCCCAGCUCUGUGAGUGCCGCCCGCGCUACCAUGCUCUUCAACCUGGGCAGUGCGUACUGUCUGCGCAGCGAGUAUGACAAGGCGCGCCGCUGCCUGCAGCAGGCGACAUUGCUCAUUCCGCCCAGGGAGGUGCCACCCGAAGCCAUCCUCCUCGCCGUCUACCUGGAGCUGCAGAAUGGUAACCCACAGAUGGCCCUACAGAUCAUCAAGAGGAACCAGCUGGUGCCCCCGGCAAAGGUGGAGGCCCGCAAAAAACCACAGCCAGUUUCAGGGCCUCCGGGGGCACCAGGAACUCCAGCAUCCACAUUCCCUCCAACCCAGCGCAAAUGAGACUGCCACCAUGCUGCACACCAUCACUGUGGCACCCUGCAGAGCGUGGGUGUGUGCCCCGUGAAGCGCAAAGGAGGCACGGGGGGGGGGGGGGGGCUGGGGUUUUGCGGACGAGAGCCAAGUCCAGCGAUGCUGCGUGGGGAUCUGUGGGGUGGGAGGCCAUGCCUCCUAUGCACCGGACUUUGUGGCUCGUGGCACCGUCGCCGGAGGCCAACAGCAGUGGUUAAUCACUCUGCAUGGGAUUGAAGGGCAACGUUCACAUGAAUCUUUUAUUUAUUUAUUAAAUGAGGUCUCAUGCAUUCACUGCCUCCUCAAGCAACUUGGUGUCAUGAAAAACCCGGGCAGUUUAGGGUCAUCAUUUCAGCCUGCCUGGACGACUCAUGGCUCCUGUUAAGCGAAUUAAUUAACUUCAGCACAUUCAGCACGAUGGCCACACGACGAGUGAUCCUCAAAAAACCCAGGUGGAGCAGAAUGGUUGCCGAGUGUGUGUCAAUAAAAUCGCUCUGUGGGGCACCGACAACAGA